CACAGAAGCUGCGUGCACGUCGACGUGAUGACAAACAGCAUUGAAAUUAUAGAUUUCUUCCGACCCGAAGGCGGCAGAAAGAAUCUUUUCCUGUCAAAUAUUUCAGGAAGCGUAUCUAAAGAUGACGUACAGGAAGCCCUUUACCAGGAUUUCUCUGCUUUUGGCAUCCUUUAUGAAAUACAGGUGUUCCCUAUGUAUGGAAGAGCCUCAAAUUCAGUGACAGGCUGCUCAUCCCUGCCAGCCACCUCUGGGUGCAGGACAGCACCCCACACUGCAGACAGUUUACCCCUUCAGUCUGUCAUGAUGCCAAACCCAGGCCUGCCAACAGGCUGGUAUGCCUUUGUGAAGUUCUAUUCUGCCUUGGCAGCCGGUAAAGCUAAAGUAUUCCUGGAAGGCAAACUGCUCUUUGGGCAACCAUAUAAGAUUUCCUAUGCAAAAAGGAGAAACCUACAAGAUGCCAAGCCACCGAUACUCUACGUGACAAAAUGUCAACAACUAGCCAACCACUACCUGGGCUUUAAUGGUUGGUCCUGCUGCUUGAAAUCUAUGAUAAAUGACUCAGACAGAGAUCAGGUGACUCCUAAGGUCCGCUACCUCUGCUCAGUCCGCAUUGACAUCACAAACCACGGUCUGCACAGCGAGGGUAUCGGUGUCAGCGAGGCAUUUAUGGACCCUGAGAAUCCAUCCUCCAAAGGUGAAGUCAUUGGGCGUGUGAAAAAACUGACCUAUCAGAACGCUCUGGAGAAUGCCUUCUCUAAGAUCAUCCUGAUAGUUCUGGCCAGCGGCAAGGUCACUGUGGAGGUCAACACAACGAUGGUGGACAUCCUGCUCAAGAAAGCUCAGAUAGACGAGGCUGGACUGCUCAAAGUUAAUGAACUGAUAGAGGCACCAGCGUCUGAAGAAAACCCACUCCUGGAGGAGGACAAACCUGAGAUGGAGUUAGAUGAACUGACAGACUCCAUCCUAGACGAUGUCAACAUGCACAUCUUACAGGAUCUGGAGAAUGACUCUGUGUGAGACCAGUGUGUGAGUGUGGACAAGACAGAGAUGGAAUUAGAUGAACUGACAGACUCCAUCCUAGACGAUGUCAACAUGCACAUCUUACAGGAUCUGGAGAAUGACUCUGUGUGAGACCAGUGUGUGAGUGUGGACAAGACAGAGAUGGAAUUAGAUGAACUGACAGACUCCAUCCUAGACGAUGUCAACAUGCACAUCUUACAGGAUCUGGAGAAUGACUCUGUGUGAGACCAGUAUGUGAGUGUGGACAAGACAGAGAUGGAAUUAGAUGAACUGACAGACUCCAUCCUAGACGAUGUCAACAUGCACAUCUUACAGGAUCUGGAGAAUGACUCUGUGUGAGACCAGUGUGUGAGUGUGGACAAGACAGAGAUGGAAUUAGAUGAACUGACAGACUCCAUCCUAGACGAUGUCAACAUGCACAUCUUACAGGAUCUGGAGAAUGACUCUGUGUGAGACCAGUGUGUGAGUGUGGACAAGACAGAGAUGGCUGAGAGGGUUAGCACGCCAACCUGGCAUAAUGACCCAGGAGUCACCAAUGCGGGCGCUGUGAGUUCAAGUUCAGCUCAUACUGGCUUCCUCUCAGGCCGUACUAGGGAACGUCUGACAGCAAUGUAACAUCGCCCUAAUAUAUGUUAUCAUUUCCACCCGUCACUUGAUAAAUAUCUGUGGAAUUCAACUUUCACUGUGCAAUAUUCUCCAUGCUCACCAUGUUUGUGGGAGACAGACUUAGUUUUCAAAGGACUUAAGACAGCGCAAAUGGCUCCAUAAGCAUGGUCGUCUGCUUAUUGUCAACAAGGCAAUGUAUAUGUAUAUGGCAAUGUAAUGUAUAUGGCAGUGUACUGUAAAUGGCAAUGUAAUGUUUAUGGCGAAACAACUGACCAAUCCAGAACAUAUUAAAAGGGGUCGAGAGCAGAAAGGUUCUGUGAUAAGAUUAACACUUGUGCUGAUGUGUCUUUGUUCAUUACUUUGUGUCAUAAAUGACAACUCUAAGGUCGCCAGUGGGUAUAAUGUGUGUAAAUAGAAAUGUAUAGAGCAUUAAUUCCUCUCUGGCCGUACGUGGGAAGACCUGUCAUCGACCUGUGGAUGGUCGGGGCUUUCCUCGGUUUCCUCCUUAAUGCUGGU